AUGGGCCGUAUCCAGAAGAGAGAUGGACUCAGUUUGAGCAACAUCACCGUCCCAUUCAAUAACACGGCAUACACCCUUCACUCUGUCGAGAGGAGCCUUGUCGAAACACUUUGGCGUGGCCCUGGAUCCGAUCGUAUCAGCGUAUACACAUGGACGUUUGCAGCCGGUGGUGGCGUGCCGAAAUCUGCACCGGGAAAUGGAGGCGCAAAUGUCACAACCUCUACCGUUGACGCGUUCACCUAUGGAGGUGCAACUCGCCAGUUUAUCUAUGGAAGUGCACGAUGGGGAAGUGGAUUUGGAGUGCUCGUCGAGGACUCGAAAGCAGAGCUCCCAUUCGCAAAUGGUUAUGGGUACAGGUGGGCACCCUGGACGAGCCUCGAAAUGGACGAACUUCAUUACCCCUUUGGUUUCUGGCCACUCAGCUGGGGUCGUGGGUAUUCGACGUCUGGGAAAUGGAGAGACGACGAUUGGCGUCCUGGAAACACACAGGUUGUAGCGCUUUUGAAGAGCAGCGACACGUCAAAGGUCGAGUGGUGGGCGAUGGGAGAUAGUCAGUCCAUGGAGGAGCUGCUAAAGGUGCUAUCUUUGCCCACAGAAAAGGGCGGUUGUGGCAUCUCUGGCAAUACUCCCGUCUACAAGUUUGACCCAGAGGAGAACAAUGUCCUUCAUGACGUUUCCACAUCAUCUACUGCAGUACGCACCAACGUUUCCAUCACUCCCAUGACCGCAGUUCAAUAUUACCGUGGCAGCUCGUUUGCGCUUGGACUCCUUGGACAUUAUGAUCCAUCGAGCGAGCCAAAUGUUGCAGCGGCCAGUGAUGGAUAUUGGGCACGGGCUCUCAUCGACUACCCGGCAGCAUUGAACCGCACGGGGAGUGUCUUGGAGAACGGGAAUGCCACCGCCUACCAAGAGCUAGCUCGAGAGCAGGACUCGUUUCUCCAGUGCUUGAACGGGACGAUAGCAGGAACCAUUCCAAUAUACGACUCAUCUAUCGAGCCAACAGGGACCACCAUAUUCUAUAUGCCAACUUCGAUGCCGCGCCCAGAGGUUUAUGGACCGAGACCUUCGUCUACGUCGCGAGACAGUGGAGGGAUCAUCGCGGGGACAAUCUUGGCACCAUUUCUCCUUUUCCUCGUCGGAUUUUGCUGCUGGAAGGUGCAGGCGCAGAAAGAUCGGGAAAAGCAGCUGAGGAAGACGGCGGCUUCCCGACGAUACGAGGAAGCUCGUAGAGUUUCUGCUUCUCGACAACAGCAAGCUCCUUUGGUACCCCAGGAAGACGCAGAUGAACCGUUGCCGGUGUACACGCCCAAAAAGGAGACAGAGCCCACGCCAAAGGAUCCUCCGGCGCAAACAACGCUUCACGCGACCAACCCUUGGUCGACAUCUUGA